AACACAGCAUUAAUAAGAAAAUUACAAAAUAAUAUUUCCGCAUUCGUAACAUUACGAAUACACGUCUACCUCAACUUCGUUUCAAAUUGACAUUCAUCACUUAAGUAGUUGAAACAAACGUAUAGGAGCGUAAUUUUGCUUGAUAAAAACGCAAUUUACGAGCGGCUCCCUUGAUGUGCCGAAAACACUAAUGGCCGAUACACAUCCUUGAGGCUCCUUCGAAGCUCACUGUUCGAAGUAUACACAACAAUUGCGCGACGCAGCUGGUCUCUCGGCUCGCAGCCUUCGAAUUAAUUGUCGCGGUUGCGUCAGCCGCCGGAAAGAUUCCGACAUCAAGUAAUCCCCGCGCCGACUAAUGGAAGAGAGCGGACAAGAGGAACACGCGAUCGCGUCGCGCUGUCACACGGGAUCCGGGGAGAGAAUCGCACACGCGACGGGACGAGACGAAAAACGAAAAUAAGGAGCCACGCACAGCUGCGAAAAACACACGAGACCACGAGUCGUCGGUGGGUCGGAGAGAGAGAGAGAGAGAUUCGUCAGGAUUAAAUCGUACGUAGAAUUACAAUGAAAAACGCGCGGGAUUACGAUUGAGCGAACGCGGUCGCGCUGCGAGGCUGCGGUGCCGGCGUGUGAAUUAUUACAGGCUAAUUACGGGCGAGGGUUAACCACAUCCACGCGCUUUCGGGUUUUCGCGGAAAGAACCGAGCGGCGACGGUGGGUCGGCUCUUAUCGGCCGGUUGCUUCGUUUAUCUCACGGCACGUGUUCGUCACGCUGCCAUUAAUUCGCAUUAAUUGCCGGCGGUGAGAGAGAGGGCCAUCCACUCUCAAAUUUAAUCUUACAUUUGCGGCGGCGUGCUGCGGCCAGAAAAGCGGAAACCAGCGACGCGUCACGGCUAAGUUCGCGAGUGGCGGGCCAAUUAUUUCCGCGCUUCUCCGCCCGGUAGUAGUCGUCAUCCGCCCGGCUCCGAAAGCGCGCCAACUCCGGGACAACUCGAGGUCGGAUUAUUAAUCGAGCUUGCGGCCCGAUCAAGCUCGCGGUAACGAGACCACGACGACGCUCUGCGCUAAAUCCCGCUCCAUCACCCAUAUCGCGCGAUAACGCGAUAAUAGUCGCGCCUAGAGCGGGAUUAUUAUUGACCGACUUUUCGCAGCGUUAAAGCGACGACGGUCAAUCGUGUCGCGUGUUAUUGCCAUCGCGCAGCGCGUUGCGACAAGUCGAACCAAGCCGGGAACCGAAUCAUUUCUCUCCCCAUCUCCCGCAUUCCUCCGAAGUUCAUUUUCGCCGUAUUUUCUCUCGAGAAUCUCGAUAUCGCGAAUCGUCGUUCACUAUGUGCCCUCGUGAGCGCGUUCGUUGCGUUUCGCUAUUGAUCGUCGCGUUGAUCGUCGGUUUCUCGACGACGACGACGUCGGCGGCGGCGAUCGCGUAUCAGCCGCGGCUAAUGAUCGUGCGGCUCUCGCCGUGGACAGCAUCGAAGAGCCUGGACGAUAUACCGGGUAGGUGGAGAGCGAUGGGGAACGACGGUUCCCGGAUGCCGCAGAUGGAUAUUCGCCUGUUGACGGACCACACCCCCACGCUCAAGAACUUGUACUACACGAACGACGCGAAAGCUUCCCCUCGAUUCGACGACGACGGGAUGGAAACGAUGGGAAACGCGCGAAAGGAGAUGAGGGACGACGACGGGAUCGUGAUGUCCGACAGGAUUCUCCCAAUGUCCGUCGGCUCCAGGAAUAUCAUCGACGUGCCCCCAUAUCCGUGCCCGCCAGGUGAGGAACCGGAUAGCUUAGGACGCUGCAGGUUCUACAUACCACCUAGAAGGUAAAAGCGACGAAAUAAGCGGGCACCCGAGUACGAUCGAGGUCGCUACGUUUAUCGAGCCCGAUUUCGAUCGAAACCGAAGGCAUCCGGCAACAUGUGUCGAAACGCUGUUUCGUAUCACGAGUAAAACGUUACACGCAAUGCAUGUCUUGUAAUUGAACAAUGUAAUCUCACUUAACCCGUCAAUUGCUAGUUGACUAUCGUUGAUUGUACUAAAGCUAAUUGAUGAUCAUCGAAGAUACGGCAAAUAAAUGGAAUUCGAAGCGCA